GCAGCUCGAGGGAUCUUCUUCUGGUGUUUUGGUCCAGUCGAGCCCACUCUCAAAAUGACAGCGAGGAAGUCUGGCUCACGACUGGAGACCGAGAUAGAGCGGUGCCGCUCAGAGAGUCAAUGGGACAAGAUACCGGAGUUAGUACGACAGCUCUCAGCCAAGCUAAUAUCAAACGAUGACCUGGGAGAGUUGUUGCUGGGGGAAUGCAAGCUUCAGACGUACCUGAAGGAGAACCCUAUCAAACAGGGAGCCAGUCCCAGGGGCCCACGACCUAAACUGGUGGAGGUCAGGAAACACCUCACUGCGGCUCUGGACCGAGGAAACCUCAAGGCCGAUUACCUCCAGGAAGCCAGCCUGUUGAUGGCCAAACUGUGCUAUGUAGAGGGAGAAUACAGAGACGCCUUAGGUCACUACAGCAGGGUGAACCUGGAUGACAUGCAGCUGGGGGGAGCUCCUGUGUAUCGGCUGUCCAUGAUCGCAGAGGCUUAUGCUACUAAAGGACUGUGUCUAGAGAAGGUCCCAGCUGCCUCGCCGUCUCUAUCCAAUAAAAACACCGGGUCUCCAUCAUCCAAUAGGAGCACAACAGACCGGGAGCAAGAAAUCAUCACCUGCUAUGAAAAGUCUGGAGACAUUGCCCUGCUCUACCUGCAGGAAGCUGAGAAGGCGUUGUCAGCAGGAAUUCAGAACCGCAGCCCAAAGCCCGGCCCGACUGCCCAGGACCUGGAACUGGGCUACUUCCUGGAGACAGGCCUCCAAAGAGCCCACGUCAUCCACUUUAAGAACGGCAACCUGACACGAGGCGUGGGCCGGUUUCGAGAGAUUCUUCGGGCUGUUGAGAACAGAACCACCCAGAGCCUGCGCAUGACUAUAGCCAGACAGCUUGCAGAGAUCCUGCUCCGAGGAAUGUGCGAACAGAGUUACUGGUCUCCUCUGGAAGACCCUCCCACCGUGUCCCCAUUGGACGAUCCUACACGGCAGGGACACACUCACAGCAAGAACUACAGCCUAAGCCGACGCCCACGGGUGUACUCAGGAGAAAAUCUGUUUUGCCCUCAGGAGAACACAGAAGAAGCUUUGCUGCUGCUGCUCAUCAGUGAGUCCAUGGCCAACCGUGACGCCGUCCUGAGCAGAAUCCCAGAACACAACAAUGAUCGCAUCAUCAGCCUGCAGUCAGCGUCUGUGGUGUACGACCUGCUGACUAUAGCUCUGGGCAGGAGAGGGCAGUAUGAGAUGCUGUCAGAGUGUUUGGAGAGAGCCAUGAAGUUUGCCUUUGAGGAGUUCCACUUGUGGUACCAGCUCGCCCUGUCGCUAAUGGCAGCUGGGAAAUCAGCUCGUGCCGUUAAGGUGCUUAAGGAGUGUAUUCGCCUGAAGCCGGAUGACCCCACCAUCCCACUGCUGGCUGUCAAACUGUGUAUCGGACCUCUGCACUGGCUGGAUGAGGGCGAGUGUUUUGCAAAGAUGGUGAUUGACAUGGGGGAGAAAGCAGCUGAGUUCAGAGCCAAAGGCUACUUGGCCAUUGGGCUGGUUUACAGCCUCAAAGCCACUGACGCAUCACUGCGAAGCACACAGGAGGAGUACCAGAGGAAAGCUUUGGGAGCCUUCCAGAGAGCUCAGAGUCUGUCUCCUACUGACCAUCUUGCAGCCUUCUACUUGGCACUGCAGCUUGCUGUUUCCAGACAGAUCCCUGAGGCACUAGGCUAUGUACGACAGGCACUGCAGCUUCAAGGGGAUGACGUCCACUCCCUCCACCUGCUGGCCCUGCUGCUCUCUGCUCAGAAACACUACCACGAUGCUCUAAAUAUUAUAGAGAUGGCUCUGUCCGAGUACCCCGAGAACUUCAAUCUGCUGUAUACCAAGGUCAAGCUGGAGUCUAUGUGUAGAGGACCAGAGGAAGCUCUGCUCACCUGUAAACACAUGCUGCAGAUCUGGAAGAGCUUUUACAACCUUACUAACCCCAGUGAUUCGGGGCGUGGCAGCAGUCUGUUGGACAGAGCCAUAGCAGACAGACGACAACUCAACGCCAUGACUCUACCUGACUUCAGUGACCCAGAGACUGGCGGCCUUCAGGACGCUAACACUCUUGGUUUUUCCUCCAUGUUUUCUGUUUGCUCGGUUCAUGCUACAUCCAUAGCAGCCAGUCGUGUAGAGCAGGCUCUGUCUGAGGUAGCCUCCUCUCUGCAGAGCAGCGCCCCCAAACACGGACCCCUGCACCCCUGGAUGACCCUGGCUCAGAUCUGGCUGCAUGCAGCUGAGGUGUACACGGGGAUGUCGAAGCCCGCCGAAGCCUCGGCCUGCACACAGGAAGCCUCCAACCUCUUCCCCACGUCCCAUAACGUGCUGUACAUGCGGGGGCAGAUAGCCGAGCUGAGGGGCAACAUAGACGAGGCCAAACGCUGGUAUGAAGAGGCCCUGUCCAUCAACCCGACGCAUGUCAAGACCAUGCAGAGACUGGGUCUGAUUCUGCACCAGCUGCAGCGCUACAGUCUGUCAGAAAAAGUCCUGAGGGAUGCUGUGCAGGUCAACAGUACGGCUCACGAUGUGUGGAACAGCCUCGGCGAGGUGUUGCAGGCUCAGGGAAACGCCGCCGCUGCCACCGAGUGUUUCCUCACCGCCUUGGAGCUGGAGGCCAGCAGCCCCAUCCUGCCCUUCACCAUCAUACCCAGAGCACUAUGAAACACACACUCUCACAGUUUGAGCCGCACAACUGUAACACAGUGGCACAAAUGACGGACCUGAAAGCUGCACACACACACGCCAUACACACACAGCAUGCCUGCAUGCCACUUACACUCACCCGCACAAGGUUUUACUGCCAUACUUUUAGAUAAACACACUGUAUACAAAUAGUACACAUACAUACACGCUUACCCCUUCCCACAAUGCCUUGCUGUGGCUGUGACCCCUGAUUGUGUGUGUGUGUGUGUGACAGCAAACAUUGCUUGUGUGUGUGUGUGUGUGUGUGUGUGUGUGUG